CAUUUCGCCUUCCAUCAGCCCUAUUAAAGCCCCCAGCUCCACCACCUUCCUUCAGAUCACUCGGAACCAAGAAGACUCGCAGUGCAUUGCUCCAUUAUCCUUGUUUCCACCCAAUGGCGAGCGUUAAGGUGUUCGGCUCCCCGACUUCAUCUGAGGUUGCAAGGGUGCUUGCUUGCCUCUUCGAGAAGGAUGUCGAGUUCCAGCUCAUUCGCGUCGACACCUACAAGGGCCAGAAAAGGUUGCCUGAAUACCUCAAGCUUCAGCCCCAAGGCCAAGCGCUCACAUUUGAAGACGGGAAGAUGACCCUCGUCGACUCUAGAGAGAUAUGCCGACACAUUACGGAGAAGUAUGUCGACCAAGGGAACAAAGAUCUUCUGGGGACCGGCACGCUCGAAAGGGCAUCGAUCGAGCAAUGGCUGCAGACCGAGGCUCGCAGCUUCGACCCCCCGAGCUCUGCUCUGGUGUUCCACCUGGCAUUUGCGCCGCUCAUGGGGCUGGAGCAGGACCAGGAGGUGAUCGAACAGAGCAGACGGAAGCUGAACAAGGUGCUCGACAUCUAUGAGAAGAGGCUGCAGGAGACCAAGUUCCUUGCCGGGGACAGGUUCACGCUUGCUGAUCUCUCCCACCUGCCCAACACCCAGCGUUUGGUGUCGCACAACGGGUGUCGCCAGUUGAUCACAUCCAGGAAGAAGGUGAGCAAGUGGUGGGAGGAGAUAUCGAGCCGCCCGUCGUGGCGGAGGGUGGUGGAGAUGCAGCAGGAGCCAACGCCGGUUAUAUAAGGUUCUGAGAUGCUACUACUGGUGGCAUUGAGAUGGAGUUGUGGGGUUGCUCUUUUUGCUUUGUUUCAGUGUGUUUGAAUAAGUGCCGAUCCUCACUUAUUGUGUGUCUUGGCGUUGUGCUUUUGCUCAUGUUUGUUUGUUUUGGGAGUCCACAAAGUUGUCAAAUGGCCCUGUGCCUGUCUGAGGUUUGUUUUUCGUAGUGGGAUUAUGUGUGGUUGGAUGAUGGAUAUCAUAUUAUUUGGUCUAUAUCCAAACAUUUGGGUGCACCUGUAAUAAAGCAGCUCCUUCGCAAUAGCA